AUGGAGGACCUUUCAGAGAUAUUCGACAUUUACGCCAUCUGCGCAUGCUGCAAGGUGGCCCCUCCCAGUGAAGGGAUAAAGAAUGAACCGUUCGGCCCGCGGACCUUUAGGGGUCUCGGGAAUAACGGGACUCUCCCGUGGAAAUGCAACUCCGUUGACAUGAAGUACUUCAGCUCAGUGACGACCUACGUGGAUGAGUCAAAGUAUGAGCAAUUGAAGUGGAAGAGGGAGCGGUACCUGCAGAGGGAAGCCUCGGGGGGGAGUGACGAUACUCUACAGCCGGGAGACAACACCAACGGUAGUGGCCACACUGUAGGAAUGGGGGAUGACACGACGAAACUGCAAAACAUUGUGGUAAUGGGGAGAAGCAGCUGGGAGAGCAUCCCAAAACAGUACAAGCCACUCCCAAACAGAAUCAACGUGGUGCUCUCCAAGACGCUGAGACAAGAAGAGGUGAAGGAGAAGAUUUUCUUAAUUCACAGCAUAGAGGACCUACUGCUGAUUCUGAAGAAGCUGAGAUACUACAAAUGCUUCAUUAUUGGAGGAGCGCAAGUUUAUAAGGAAUGUCUAAAUAGGAACUUAAUUAAGCAAAUAUACUUCACGAGGAUUAACAACGCGUACCCGUGUGACGUUCUCUUCCCCGAGUUUGACGAAAGCCAGUUUCGGGUGACAUCCGUUAGCGAAGUGUACAACUGUAAGGGCUGCACUCUGGACUUUCUCAUUUACAGCAAAGUGGGGGAGGAAGUCGACGGGGCCGCCUCCAAUGGGAGCACAGCGGACAGCGGUUCGGAAAACUGCGACAAAGUGGAAUGUGGCGCGCCGAGCUGCAGUGUACCGAAUUGCACCCUCCCCAACGUCACGACCACGCGGCAGGAAAAAUGGGGAAAGAGCGCCCCCGCGUGCCAGUGGCAGAAGAACAACACCGACGCAGAGGAAGACGAUCUCGUAUACUUCAGCUUUAACAACAAAGUGGGAGAGAAAAACCCGGAACACAUGCACGAUUUUAAAAUUUACAACAACCUGAAGAUUAAGCAGCACCCAGAGUACCAAUACCUAGGCAUCAUAUACGACAUCAUCAUGAAUGGAAACAAACAAGGAGACAGAACAGGUGUGGGAGUGAUGAGUAAAUUUGGCUACAUGAUGAGAUUUGAUCUAAGUCAGUAUUUCCCCCUAUUAACAACGAAGAAAUUAUUUCUGAGGGGAAUAAUUGAGGAAUUGCUUUGGUUCAUUCGAGGAGAAACAAACGGAAACACAUUGUUAAACAAAAACGUGAGGAUAUGGGAAGCAAAUGGAACGAGGGAGUUCCUUGACAACAGGAAAUUAUUUCAUAGAGAAGUGAAUGACUUGGGACCCAUUUAUGGUUUCCAAUGGAGACAUUUCGGUGCUGAAUACACAAACAUGUAUGACAAUUACGAAGAUAAAGGGGUAGACCAAUUAAAAAAUGUUAUCCAUUUGAUAAAGAAUGAACCAACAAGUAGGAGAAUUAUCCUAUGUGCAUGGAAUGUAAAAGAUUUGGAUCAAAUGGCUUUACCUCCUUGCCAUAUCUUAUGUCAAUUUUACGUUUUCGAUGGGAAACUAUCAUGCAUUAUGUAUCAAAGGUCUUGUGACUUGGGUCUUGGGGUUCCCUUCAACAUCGCUUCGUAUUCCAUAUUCACACACAUGAUUGCUCAGGUGUGUAAUCUCCAACCUGCAGAGUUCAUACACAUUUUGGGCAAUGCCCACGUCUACAACAAUCAUAUAGACAGUCUAAAAGUGCAGCUAAACAGAAUCCCCUACCCGUUCCCAACGCUUAAGCUAAACCCGGAAGUGAAGAACAUUGAGGAUUUUACCAUUUCGGAUUUCACAAUAGAGAAUUAUGUGCAUCAUGAUAAAAUUCCUAUGGACAUGGCUGCCUAA